AUGCCGGGUAUAGACCCCACUAUCAUGGAGUACCGCUUAAAUGUAAAUCCUGACUUUAAACCUGUCAGACAAAAGAGGAGGACUUUCGUUCCAGAAAGGAAUCAGGCUAUAUCAGAAGAGGUGGAAAAGCUCUUAAAAGUCGACUUUAUUCAAGAGGUGUACUACCCCGACUGGCUGGAAAAUGUGGUCUUAGUGAAGAAGGCAAAUGGAAAGUGGAGGCUAUGUGUGGAUUUCACCGACCUUAACAAAGCUUGCCCGAAUGACAGCUUUCCUCUCCCAAGAAUCGAUAUGCUCGUUGAGGGAACGGCUGGACACAAACUAUUAAGUUUCAUGAAUGCAUAUUCUGGAUAUAACCAGAUAUCUAUGUACACCUCAGAUAGAGAAAAAAUGGCCUUCAUCACUGAUAGAGGUUUGUACUGUUACAAAGUAAUGCCGUUUGGGCUCAAGAACGCUGGUGCAACAUACCAAAGGCUAGUGAAUGCAAUGUUUAAGCAUCAAAUUGGUAGAAACAUGGAGGUAUAUAUUGAUGACAUGUUGGUGAAAAGCUUAAAAGCUGAAGACCAUUUUACUGACCUGCAGGAGACCUUCGAGGUACUUAGGAGGCAUAAGAUGAAACUCAACCCCAGCAAGUGUGCCUUUGGGGUUUCCUCAGGAAAGUUCUUGGGAUAUAUGGCGUUCAAAGAACUAAAACAAUACCUUAGUUCUCCCCCACUACUGUCUCGAACCAUACCGGGAGAGGAACUAUACAUAUACCUUGCAGUCUCCACGACAGCUGUCAGUUCAGCUCUGAUACAAGAAGAAGAAGGGGACCAAAGGCCAGUAUACUUCGUGAGCAAAACACUUAGGGGUGCAGAGGAAAGAUAUCCAAGGAUGGAACAGUUGGUCUUUGCUUUAAUUGUGUCCGCCAGGAAACUGAGAUCAUACUUUCAAGCGCAUACGAUAGUGGUCCUAACAGAUCAACCCCUUCGACAGGUCCUACACAAGCCAGAAAGCUCUGGUCGACUGAUGAAGUGGUCAGUAGAGUUAGAAGAGUUCGACAUUCAAUAUAAGCCAAGAACAGCAGUAAAGGCUCAGGUGUUGGCUGAUUUCUUAGCCGAGUUUACCCCUCCAGAAGAGGAGAAACAACCCCAAUUUUCGACAGAACCAGAUUUAAGUGAGCAGAUGGGCCCAGAAGUAGUCUGGGACUUGUUUGUGGAUGGGUCAUCUAAUGUUCAGGAGAGACAAAUUGAAGUGCAACAAGCGAUAUUGAGUGUGGAAUGGGCAGAUCCUAUCAUCAGAUAUAUCAAGGAUGGGGUGCUACCAACAGACCGAGCAGAAGCUCGAAAGGUCAAGAUGCGGGCAGCUAGGUAUCCGCUUAUCAAAGGGGUGCUCAACAAGAGAAGCUUCUCCAUACCGUAUUUACGAUGCGUUUCUAGCGAGGAAGCUGACUACAUUUUAAGGGAGAUCCACCUAGGAGUUUGUGGAAACCAUGCUGGGGGUAGGUCACUUACUAACAAGGCCAUCCGACUAGGAUACUAUUGGCCCACCAUGCAGAAAGAUGCACUUGACUUCGUUCAAAAGUGCGACAAGUGUCAACGAUUUGCCAACAUCCCGAGACAACCGUCAGAGGAGAUGACUCCCAUGUCAAGACCAUACCUCUUUCCCCCUUAA